AUGACGGAUGCGCCUAUGACAAAGACUGCUCACAAGGCUGAGGAACCCUAUACACGUCUUCACAUUGCGCCUCUGAAUCCCGAACUCCUCAAGGUCAUUGUACCACAAGCCGCACUCUCUAAAGCCCGCGCAAUCUCGUACCAUACCCUUCAGGCCUUUCCGGACAGGCCGUACGGCUUCAUCGAGCUCGUCUCCACCGACGCCGAAAAGAUCAAGAACAAACUCAACGGGGCAGUCCUGAAAGGCGUCAAGAUUCGAGUUGAACCUGCCCGGCCGGACAACAUGCCAAAGCCUGAUCCUGACGCGCUGGUUGACGCAGCGGCCGGCCCUGAUUCGGAGCGCAAGUCCAAGAAGUCUAAAGCAGAGAAGCGGGAGAAGAAGAGGAAGCGCGAUCCGCAAGAGAUUGUCGGCAUCGAGCUAGAGGAGGGCCGCAAGGUCAAACGUGGGUGGACAGUGACUCCAGAGGAGGCAAAGUCAAAGAAGAAGAAGGAGAAGGAGAGAGAGAAGACCAAGUCAAAAGACAGCAAGAAGGAAAAGAAAGAGAAGAAAGACAAGAAAGAGAAAAAGAAGAGGAAGCGAGAGGCCGAAUCCGAAUACACCGAUGGACCCGAGUGCUUGGUCAAGACCCAGAUUCCUCCGAACAAGCGCGAUGUGGUGAAGGGUGAUGCACAGGAAGGGGAAUCCAAGUCCAAGAAACACAAGAAGCAUGAUGUUGUUGUCCACGAAUUCGAGAAUACGACCAAGUUCCCCACGUACUUCAAGGCAUCCAAGGGUGCUACGACAUCCGGAACCGAAUCCAACUUUGUGGAAGGCAAGGGCUGGGUGGACAGUAAUGGUGUUGUGGUUGAGGAGAUCAAAAGCACUAGGCCCACCGCGCUGCCCAGAAUCCCGGUUGAGAAGAAGGCCGUUAUGGAGGAUGAUGACACUACUAGCAGCAGUGGCAGUUCCUCGGACGACGCGGAGGAGGAAUCGGAGGCCGAGGAAGAUGCGGAUGCUUCAAAGCAACAGACUCCUAGACUUGCACACCGCGCCCUCAAGUCUUUGGCUACAGACACUGCUACUAGUGCUGGCUUGGACAGCCCCCCGGAUUCAGCCCGACCAAAGUCGGCGAGCUCAGCCAAGAGCCUGACAAUCAAAAUACCUCCAGCAACCCCUUCAGCAACAAAAGUUCACCCUCUCGAAGCCUUGUAUAAACGACAAAAGCAAGACGAAUCAGCUGUCAAAGCAGAUGCUGAAGGUAAUCAGACCUUUGCAUUCUUCAGUGGACAAGAUUUUGAGGACGAGGAGGAUGAUAACAAUGAGGGCGUGGCUGGAGAUGGCCCUGAAAUGGACAAUGACGAGAGCGGCAGCCAGGCAGGUCCCUCUCAGGGCAUCCAGCUGCCCAUGACACCUUUCUCCAAGCAAGACUGGGAGUGGCGAGGUACUCGCAGUGCAGCUCCCACCCCGGAUACUGCACACCCCAGCCGCUACUCUAGAUUAUGGCCACCCAGAGAUGCGAGUCCGGGCAUCAAAGAGGGCGAGGAGGAGGAGGAUGAUGAGCUGGACAGUCCCGGAGGGGUGGCAACCGAGGGCGCCGGGGAUGGCGAGCCUACCAACCCCAAUACCGACUUCCAGAAGUGGUUCUACGAGAACAGGAGCGAUCUGAGUCGGUCCUGGAGGAAGAGAAGAAAGGUGGCAGCCAAGCAGAAGAGGUACCGGGAGAACAAGGCCCGGGCAACCUAG